AUGUCCAAUAUUCCAAAGAAUCCCGUUCAACCAGAAACUACUUCUAAAAGUUCUACUUCAUUCAAUCCAAUCAGAAACAUCAUUUUACGAACAUAUUAUCCUAAUAUUCAAACUUUAUAUGAAUACUUAUCAAUUCAAUGUGGCGGUGAAAAGAUUAAAUUAAUUUGUAAAGAUGAUAAUAGUGAAUAUAAAACUUUUUUGGAAACUUCAGCAAUUAGUAUUACAACGGAUGAAAUAUUUCCAAAAAAUACUUUGGGUAUAAUCAGAAACAAUAAUAAAUUUGAAUAUGUGUUGGAUUCUGUGAUUAAGUAUUUGGUAGCAAGAUUUGAUUCGCGAACUUCUAUAUCAAAUGUAUUGACACUUGGGUUCACGAAGCCACGAACAAAUUCAAAUCCCAAAGGAUUCAGUAUACAAUAUGAUAAUUCCACAACAGAUCAUAUUAGACGUUCUCCAGUUUGGAAUGAAUUAUUUCAACGACUUGGGGAAGACGUAAUGGAAUAUAUAUUAAGAAAUGCUUCAAUAUUUAUCGCACUUAAUCAUAAAUCAUAUAUUCAAAUUUUAGGCAAUGAAUUGUCUGCAAUUAACUUAAUGAAUCAAGCAUUGUCCACUACCGCAAAAUCUCCUUUUACUUUACGCAUGCCAUCAACCUCAUCAGCUGUCGCCCAAUCAUCAAAUGCAUUAAUUCAGUCAGAACAAAAUUCUAAGAUGGAAGAUAUUGAAUUACUCAAUAAAGAAGAUUCCCAAAUAUCUCAAGAAGAUUUAUCCUUUGAGCAGCAAGAUAAAAAUUUAUCACAAGAUAAUUCCACUUGGUUCACUUCUUCACAAGAAACCAUUUGCGAAAUUGUAGAAGAUCCCAUUCUUCCUGAUCCAAAUUUAAAGAGACCUUUUGAACAUUUAGAAUCUCAAGAUAAUUUACAGAAUAAAGCAAUUAAAAUAAAAAACGGAGAAAAAGCCAAAAUUACAUCUCGUUCUAACAUUUUCUUUGGUCGUCAUAAUAUGUUCUUUUAUAAUUCGGGUUAUAACUCUAACUGCGAUUUCUGGUUUGGACUACCGAAAAAUCAUAUUCUUAAUGUUGUAAAAUCUUCAAAGGGUCCAAAUAUUCUAGACCUUGUAGCCUGUCACAUUUUCCCCCGACAAUUUGGACUCUGUAACGUGUUUGAUAACCCACAAACAGAUUCACACAAAUUAUUUAAAUUGUAUAUGUACAGGUCGAAUGAAAUUGAGGAAUCAAAGUUACAAGUACCUUCUCGUUUGAAAAAGUUGUUCCCAUUGUUAAACAAAUUGAUACACCAGCAUAAGAGAUGCCGUUAUGAUGUAUUACUCAAUAGAUUUUGUCCUAAGAAGUGUGACCCAUUGACUGAAACUGACUUUUCGAGCAACGCACAUCAGGUAUUUGCUUUUGUCAAAGAAGCAAUCCGGCAAGUAAUACCUUGUGAAUUUUGGGAAUGUGAAAAUCAAAAAAUAAUUCAUAAAGCCAUUGAAAAAUUUAUUUUGCUUCGACAACACGAAAUGUUUUCAUUACACGAAGCAAUGGAUAAAUUUCAAAUUAAGAAAUGUAAAUGGCUUGAAAUGGAAGGUGUCAAAAAUAACAAGGUCGAAGCUGAUAAACGAGUCGAGAUCUUGAAUGAAUUUAUUUGGUGGCUUUUUGAAAGCUUCGUGAUUCCUCUUUUAAGGUCCAGUUUUUAUAUUACUACAAACGCAACCUUUAAAUACCGGGUAUUUUAUUAUCGACACGAUAUCUGGUAUCAGGUUGUGCAAAAGGGUAUAAAUUCCCUUACAAAAAAUAUAUUUAAAGAAAUACCAGUGGAAAAUGAAGAGGAAUUACAAAACGGAACACUUGGUUAUUCGACUAUUCGUUUGCUUCCGAAGGAUAAUGAAGGAGCGGUCCGACCUAUCAACAAUUUAAAGAGACCAAUCCGAAAUCAAGUUAUCCACACAAAAACGAAUAGACGAACAAACCAAUCCGUUAAUACCAUUUUAAAGGAUACAUUCCAUAUUUUAAAUUUUGAAAAGGAUGAUUAUGCCUUGCACAAAUAUGAUGUGGUUAAAUGCGAAGGAAAUGUAAUUCGCACAAGGCACAAUCAUGAUUUUGCCAAUUUCAUGGCUUACGCAAAAGAAUUAUCGCGUAAAUUUAUGAAUGGCAUUAUUGUAGACCGAGUAAAAGAAACUUAUAUUGAUAAGAAAGAUGUACUUGGUCUAUUAGAAGAACAUCUUAAAAAUAAUUUAAUUAAAAUUGGGAACAAAUUUUAUAAACAAGCAAUCGGUAUUCCACAAGGAUCGGUCGUAUCAACGCUACUUUGCAGUUUUUAUUAUGGCGCUAUGGAAUGGAAUGAACUUCCGUGGGUGAAGAAUAAUGAUGGAGAAAAAGUUGUGAAAUUUAUAACUGCAAUGCAUAAAGUGAAUUUUGAUCUGAAAAUUGAUGACACGUUUGUUACAAAGUUAGAAGGCAGUCUCGAGUUUCCUUGGUGUGGUCUUUUAAUUCACACCAAAACACUUAAUUGCAAGGCCGAUUAUCAGCGAUAUGGUAAUUCUCUCAUCGCAGAUUCCUUGACAAUUAAGACAGCAAAGAACCCUGGAGAAUUGUUAAAAAAUAAGAUGAUAGAGGCAACAGUACUUCUUAAUAUAUACCAGAAUUUCUUGAUCACAGCCAUGAAGUUUCAUUAUUACGUCAAAGGUCUUCCACAUCGGGGAAUCCAAAGGAAUGAAACUUUUGAAUGGGCUGUUGUUAAAAAAACCUUUGAAAGUACAUAUAAGGUGAUACAAAGUAAAUCCCAAACACAGAAAAUUGAUAUUCAAAGUUCUGAAAUUAGAUGUGAACUAAGAAGGUUUUCAUUUGAGGGAUUUGAUGCUAAUCAAUUAUUAUCUCAAAUGGCUGGGAAUGUACCAGAAUCACUUGAAACUAUUAAAAUUAGAAUGGUUUAUAAAGAUAUAUGGAUAUUUAGUACUAGUAGUUUAAGAAAAUUUUUUGAAGGAUUCCGAUGUAAAAUUGAUAUACCUAUACUUUGGGAAUUAAUUUUGGUUCAAAAAUGUUAUGGGAAGUUGAGGAAGAAAGCAUUAUGUAUUCGAAUUUAUGUAUAUCAUGUAUGGCUUUCAAAAUGGAUUUGA